GCUUCUGGUUCCACACCCACGGGCCCAUGGUCGUGUACCUGGCCGACUGCGGGGGGCCGUGCGCGGCGUUCCGCCCGGCGGCGGGCGACCGCGUGUGGUUCAAAGUCUGGGAGGCGGGGCUGCUGCCGGGGUUCAGUGUGGUCGACCGCGACGGCUGGAACCAGUUCCCCUAUGCGAACGCCGGGUGGAACGUCUCGCUGCCCCGUCGGUUGAGGCCGGGUAAUUACCUCGUCCGCCACGAGAUUAUCUAUAUCGAGAACGACCCCGCGCAGUUCUAUCCCUACUGCGCCCAGCUGGCGGUCGAGGGCGAUGGCGACGAGGUGCCGGGGGAUGAGUUCAAGGUCGCCUUUCCCGGCGCGUACUCGGCUGCCGACCCGGGGAUCGCCGUUGCGGGGAUAUUCUACGCCCCCGGGGCAGAUCAGGUCACGACAUGGCCCAUGAACUACACUAUCCCUGGGCCGCCAGUAUGGACUGGAGGUGACUAGGUAAUCAAGGCCGCGAAGGACAGAUCAGACACAGUCAACGGGGAUGCAAUCAGGGAGGAUAUCCAAUGUAAUCAUGUGCAUAAAGGCUAUUUCUACACGUUGCUUAUAGACAAAUAUGUACCAACACUAAUCCCACAGCCCACGCACAACAGGCACCCUCACUGCGUCCCCGGCGCCGGCCCGUGGUACACCCACAGCAUGUUCUCGGCGCCCUUGGGCAUGACAAUCUUCUUGACCUUUGUGCCCUGGAGCCCACUACCCGGCAUCUUCUGCGCAGCAGCACCGCCAGCGCCCGGCGGGGGCUUGGCGGCCGCGACAACCGGGACAGCGGGCGACGUAUCGAUCUUGCCCGAACAGACACCGUCGCGCGGGAAGACCAGCUCGCCCAACCAGGCCUUGUACGCGGCGAUCUGGUGGGCGCAGGCGCGCCAGCC